GGCGGGGUCGCCAGUGCCGCCAUUUUGUGUAAUGACAACAACAACAGAACGCUGCGAUGGCGAUUACGGGGUAGGAAGGCGUCUCUGUGACAGCAGCUGCCCGGGCACUGGCAGAUCAUAGACGGUUCAGAGGUGAACGCCCCAAAUCGGGCACUUCGCUGCUCUGGCAAGCUGUAACACCGAGACGUCAUGUCCGAUCCCGGGGGAAGAUGCGGCCGGAGGCCCCGGGGCGGUGUAAGCAGAACUCGCAACAGCGGACGGAAAAGAGAGAGAAAGCAUAAAGUCCGAGCGACCCCUUUCCCCACCCGGCUCCAUCACCACCCGCUGCAAGGCAGGUCGGGAGAGAAUGCGGCAAGAACCUGCAGCCCGGGACCCGGGGAUCCCACGCCCGCCAGAGCCGCACAGUACCGGCAGCUGCGGAGAGAGGUAUUAAAGACAAAGGUGAAGUCUGAAAGGAGGAAUGUAAAGGCAGAGAAGAGCAGUACUUCUCACAGCCCAACAGCUCACCGAUGUGAACAGUGGAAUCUUCACAAACAGAAAAGUAAAUGUAACAUUCAGCAUAUGAAGACCAAUUCCCCAAGAAAAACUGAAAAUGUGCAAACAGAAUCUGCAUUUUCCAACAGUUCUGUUCACAAACCAGAUAAGAAACCAUUAGCGAGUGCAGAAAAUUUACAAAAUCUAAAACUGAAGGAAGAAAUCUAUACUACAGAAGAAAUUGAAAAAGAAAUAAAUUAUGCAGGAGCAAAAUUUAGUGAGCCACCAUCCCCGAGUGUUCUUCCAAAGCCUCCGAGUCACUGGAUGGGGAUAAAUGGUCAACAUUCUGAUCAAUGCAAGGAGUUAAUGACUUAUCAUCUGAAAACCCUUUUGAAAGUCCAAUUGUAGUCAUCUGAACUUGUCUGAUGCCUCCUUUGAUCAACUUUUUGUUAUCACCAAGUUCAGCAUUUUGCAGGAAGCUCUGAACGUUUCUUUUCUGCAAGUAAAUGGAACUUGCAUUUUACAUUUCUGUACAGAAGUCUAGUAUUAUAUUUUGUAUGGUUGUGUAAAUAUGUAAUAUGUGUAUAUCCUCAUUUAUACUCCAAGUAAAUUUUUAGUUUUGUUAUAAUAGUAGGUAUUUUGAUCUAACAAACACUAGGUGUUUAUACAAGUGACAAUGCUUCUGUCCAGUCACGUGAAACAUAAACGGCCCCUUUGAAAACUGUACAUAGGAAAUGUACAUAAUAUGGAUCCUCAAUUAAAAAUUGGAAGCAUUUAUUUGGACAUUUUUGCAAUUUUUUUUAGUAAACUUGCUGACAGCUCAGACUCAGCAGUUACGUACAAUAUAUCUGAAAGACGACCUUCAGUUUUACAAGUUAAUGCACCUGUAUCAGUUUUUUUGUUUAUAAAUGUACUUUAAAAGUAUUAACAGAAAACAAAUGUAUUCCCAACACAAUUAAAUCGUGAUGUGUUUUUAAAUGAACAUGUGAGAAUAAAUACCCCCAUAUAUUAAUUGGCUUAUGUUAAAAUAAAUACAUUUAAUUUGGCCCCCCCCCAA